UUUUUUUCCUCCGGUGUGUAGCUUGAAAGGAGAAGUGUGUCUCUACAGUACCAACUCACCGCAGAGAUGACUGGACGGGCGCCGUCACAGUAAGAGAGAGCAUCUGAUAAGGAAGCAGCGAGCUCGGCAGCAGGAAAUAAAAAAAAAUUAUCGCAACAGAACUUCUCUGAAAUGUUUUUAAUCAGUGGAACGGUCCGCUCGUAGCCAAAGAAAGCCCCUCCGACCGCCUCGUCGACCGAGAUAUGCGUUUCAACGAGAAGGAGCUGGUAUGUUUGAGCCGCCAACCCUCAGAGAUGGCAGCGGAACUGGGAAUGCGAGGUCCCAAGAAAGGAGACGUUGUCAAGAGGAGGCUGGUGAAACUCGUGGUUAACUUUCUGUUUUACUUCCGGACCGAUGAAGAGGAGCCAGUCGGAGCUCUGCUGUUGGAGCAGUGUCGCGUAGAGAGGGAGGACACUCAGACCUUCUCCAUCGCAUUUCUAGAUGACGCGGAGAGGAAAUAUCUGUUUGAGUGUGACUCUGAAGAGCAAUGUAAGGAGUGGAUCGACUCCAUUAUUAAAGCAAGCUACGAGUUCAUGAGGAGGAAUCUUAUAUUCUAUCGAACUGAAAUCCACAGAUUGACUGGAAAGGACCCAUUGGAGCAGUAUGGUAUAUCUGAUGAAACUCGCUUCCAGGUCAACAGUGGCUCACAGCUCAUGGCCAGAGAUACCUCCUCCCUGUAAACCAGGACGCUGAGCUCAGAUUAUUUUCUUUCAGUCGGCCAACUCAGCCUUCUCUUCAAAACCUAAAGCAUUUCUGUCCUCCAAUUUUUUCCACUUGCACUGGUCUAUAUUAGAUAGCUUUGUUUAGCAAUUACACCCGUGUCAUUACAAAGGUUUCUUAGAACAACCAAAGUUACAUCUUAUAUGAUUUUGGUGAGUUGUUGACAUUUAUUCCAGGUAAAGUAGGUCUGUGUUACUGUUAGUUCACGGUAGUUUACGCAUCAAUUACUGUUGGAUUUUCAGACCCCUUCUUUUCUUUCAUCAGCUGUCUGUAUGUUAAUUUCUUAAUGAAUACUGUAGAUGGAGGGAAUGUAAUAUUAAGAGAUUGUUUUCAACAUUGGGAUCCUGUAUUCAUUUUUGUAAGUAUUUCUGUGUUUUUAAUGCAGCUCAGUUCAGGAAAGUUGAACAUGUAAUGUCAACCCAACCACAUUUGGCAGAAGCCCACCAUCAACUCUCAUCUUGAUUAUUAAAACCUUACUCUGUAACUGUACUGAUUGUACAUGCAAUAGGCUUUAACCAAUUAUGGUAAACUUCCUUCAUCUUAUUUUAUAUUUUUGCAAUAGUUGUUUUUUAGCUGUUCUUGAGUGUAUGUUCAAUGUAUAUCACAUUUAAAAUUCUUGGUUUAAAAACUAUCCUUUUGCACAUGGCACUGGAAAUUUAGUUUCUUUUUUUACUAGAAUGACAGUGAUUUACUUGAACCUAAUUAAGUUUUUCAUUCACUGUGAAUCAGAUUCUUUUAGCUAAGCUAUUAGACCAUUUAGAAAACAAGAUUCUUGGCAUGAAUGUGUGUGAUUCGUUAGGAUUUUCCAUUUUGCAGUAUCGUACAAAUGAGUAAAAUAUCUAUGCUGUUUCUCAGGGGUCACAGCACUUGUCACUGAAUGAAUGUUCUUUUUGAACUUUUGCACAUAUUUCUUUUAGUACUUAUUUUCAGUACUCAUGUUGCGCUGGCAUUUCCUUUUUAUACCAAUAAAGCCAUUUGAAAGAGGUUCAUUUUUGAAAA